AUGUCCCGAGAAGUGGCAGGAUCAUGCCGCCUGGGCUCCGGGGCAAGGGCACGGGCAAGAAAGCCCAAGAAGCCACACUACAUCCCGCGGCCCUGGGGUAAGCCCUACAAUUACAAGUGCUUCCAGUGCCCGUUCACCUGCCUGGAGAAGUCGCACCUGUACAACCACAUGAAGUACAGCCUCUGCAAGGACUCCCUCUCGCUGCUGCUUGACUCCCCUGACUGGGCAUGCCGCAGCGCCCCUGCCACAUCCCGGCCCCUUGAGUCCACCACGGACUGCCCCCCUGACCCCACAGAACCUGGCAGGCGUCCCCGAGGGGCUCGGCUCCCAGAUGCUCCUGCCACGCCCAACCUCAUUGUCACUGACGUUCUCUCCUUGCACCACCCUGUAGGGGACCCCAAGCCAGAGGCUGAGGAGUCCCCAGGGACACCACCCCCUGCAGCAAAGGAUGCCCAGAAGGCUGCGGGCCUUGGCGGGCUCCUGGCUGAGUCGUGGAAGCCAGGGCCGGGCAGGGGCCCCAGGAGCAUGGUUGUGGUAGACUCGGCUGCAGUGGGCCCUGAAAGCAGCGUCCCCUGCUACCCUCCACCCACCUCCAGCGAGUUUCCUGAGGCGCAGAGCCUCCAGCUGUCCCUGCUGGGAGUCAACUACCCUCUUGGCCCCAGCCUCUUUUCCUACCUGGGGCCCUCCCUGGCCACUGCAGCCCAUAUGCCCUUCCUGGGCUCGGCCAGCCCUCUGCUUCCCCCAGCUUCCGCCUUCCCUGCCCUGCAGCCCCCCGAGUGCCCCACGCCUAUCCCCCGCCUCUACUACCCUCUGCUCCUGGAGCACAGCCUGGGGCUGCAGGCGGGCAAGGCUGCCCCUGCCAAGCCCCCUGUCCCUCCCAAGGGACCCCCUGGGACUCUGGCCCCUGGGCUGCUGAAAGUGCCAGUACCUGGGCUGGGUGGGCCCUGGGCCUGUAGUGCCCCCAGGGAUCCAGGGCAGGAGGGAGGACUGGAGCUGGCUGCCCAGAGUGAUCUCAAGAGGAAGCUGCCCCUGGGAAGCAGGCUGGAGCGCCCGAAGGCCCCCUCCAGCUUGGCCAACUUUGGUUCCCAGAGCAGCUUGCAGAAUGGCCCCUCCAGGAUUCUCUGGCCUGACGACAAGGAGCCAGGCGACCCGGAGACCCUGGGCUCUGUUUCCCCCCUGCCCCAGCAGCCAUCGGGCCUGGUACUGGGGGGCCCUGGGCAUGUGUGCGAGGACCUGACACGGGCCCUCGGUGACUAUGCUAGGGUGGAGCAGCGCCUGGGGCAGUUGGCCCCUGCCAGGGGCCUGGCCCCCCGGCCUCUUCGGGAGCAGCUGGGCAAGAUCCGCAGGGAGCUACUCACCAUCCACCAGGUGCUAGAGCAGGCCGUGCGGCCCCCAGACAUGCCGCUGGACCUCUCUGUGAAACGGACGCCCUCCAAGGUACCCGAGGUGUCCUCAGGGUCCUGGGGGCAACCAGAGCUGGGCUCCAUACUGGCCAGGGGAACCCCCGAGCCACCCAGAAUGCUGGGUCCCACAGUGGCUGAGCCUUUCUCUGGCCAUACCACCAAGUGUGAGGCUGACUCCAGCGUCCCACCCCCGGGUCUCCCCCUCCAAGCCCCAGACGACCCUGUCAUUCCUGGCAGUAGCUGGGGCCCCCGUGGCAGAGCUGGGGGCUCCUGGGCCCUGGAGGCUGUCUCUGGCCUGCAGAGUUCCCCAGGUGCCGAGGUGUGA